CAUCUACGCAACUAAAAUAAGAUAUUAACUCACCAGUUUGAGUAAGACUAUACUGCGUAGCGUCAACAGCUUACACGUCACGUUGGCGCCGAAGAAAUGCAACAUACAGGCCGUGCACCGAACAGCGCUUUAAGGAUAGGGCAAGAGCCGGCUGACGUGUGUCCCUUUCGUGCCUUUCGCCGCCUGGCGUCAUCUCCGCGACUACGUGACUGCUUCUCCGAGCGCGUUCCAGCCUCUUCGGCACGGCCUCUUCCUCUGCCUCCUCGAUAUGCUCCAAGCCAUGCAAAUGUCGGAGUCGUUGAGCGGAUUGAAGGGGCAGAGGAGCUCUUGCCACUUCCGCGGAACCUCGAAUCUCCAUCUGAUGACCCAUCGCUUGCGAACCCCCUACAGCGCAUGGAGCGGCUGUCCACGGGCUGGUUUGGAGUUAUCAUGGAGUUCGAGGGCGUUGUUGUGGAGGCCUCAGACGAGACGCACCGGCAGGCUUGGCUCCAAGUUGCUGAUGAGUUCAAGUACAAGCGGCCACUUGGACAGCUGCUGCGUCGGAUUAAGGGUGUUCGAGACGAGGUUGUAGUGUCUCGCGUGUUUGGCUGGACGCAUAACCCGAGCGUGGCGCGUCAGGUGGCGCAACGCAAGGGUGAAAUAUACGAGCAGCUGAUGGGUGGUCGGCAACCUGCCGCGAUGUUGGAAGCUCGACCCUUCCUCGAGACUUUGAAGCGGUACAGCGUACCUGUCGCGCUCGCAACGCCACUUCAUGAAGCAAAGGUGCACGAAGCUCUGCAGCGGCACAACCUGCAAGGGUACUUCGACGCGACGGUGACAGCGGAGGACAGCGGCUCGGCAGAGGUGGAGUUCUAUUACGCGUACGCUGCAAGCAAAAUUCAGCGUCCGCCAAUUCGCUGCGUUGUCGUUGGCGAAUCAAAUACGAGCGUCGAGGCAGCACACGAGCUGGGCAUGAAGUGUGUCGUCGUAACCGGCAACGCGCCGGUUUAUGAUUUCACAGGUGCCGAUCUUGUCGUGCGCAACCUGUCACAGCUGUCCUUCAUGAACAUGAAGCGCCUGUUCGCCGACGAGAAUCUCGUGGAGUCGCGUCUAAGUGGGGAGGAGGGCGCAGGGCGAGAGGCACUCGCUAGCGUCGACGAGGAUGAUUACGCCGACGACGAUGACGAGGGGUUUCAGCCAAUGUCCGGGGCGGCCUUAGCACGGUGGUAGGGUUGCUCACCAUGUGGCGUGCGUGAUUUGACGUUUUAUGUAUCCAUGCGCACGUUAGCUAGAUGUGCACAACAACAGGGAGGGAUUGUUACCGGAAGCGCGGGUCGGUCUUGCAAACAUUGAAGAACCACAAGAUGAGGCAUGCUCAGAUACACGGCUGAUAAGGAUUGCGGUAGUUUGUUUCCUUGAUGUUGGUGAUGUUUCGUUUGUUUGUCAUUUGUGGCCGAGUGGCGUCUGGCCCCGUAGUCUUCCUCCUUGUCCCCCUUCCUGCGCCUUUGACCCAUGUCAUGACGCGAGGAUGGGAGACACAAAUGUAUCAUUAGCGUGCUGCUUGGUUGUGGGGUCUACAUAAUUGGCGCCUGCAGCGCUCGGACGCCCACUCCUGUACUAUAACCACCUGCCCUGAUGUCUUAACCUAUUCUUUCCAAGAACUGUCCAUUGGUGUUAAUUUGUGAAGGCGGAGGCGGGGAGACCGCAACUGCUUUGAUUGUUGUUGGCAUGUUUGCCCGGGCAUAGCUUAGUACGUAAUGAUGCCCGUUUCCCAGUCGCCAUUCGUGGGCCAACUCUCAUUUGUAGACUAAAUGCAGAUUAAGGUAUGACGAGCCCACGUGUGUUUUUACAGAUCUUGGGACCGCUUCUGCUGUGAGAGGUGUCACUGGCGACGAGGACUCAAAACGUUUGUUGGUUUGGGGACGUGAACCUGGCAUUUUCAGGUAUCUUACAGAUUAAUGGAGAAUUCUCAUGAUGGUGCAAUGUGUUUGCAACGGUGAUUGUCGGCCCAGGAUACAUAGGAAGCUGUUAGGGGGAAGUAGGUCCCUGGUGUUGCUUGCGGUGGGGGGGUUGAGGAGCAGGCGGCUGUCCACUGUGCCAGCUCAAGGUGUACAGUUAGGAUACAUCUUUUAACAUCAUCGUCAU